GGAGAUCUGGGACACAUUUUGCCACCAGCCGCCAAGCGUGGCCCUUUGGUAAUAGACUAGCCAAUGUAAUUUGACACUUCAACUUGCUCCCCUGUAUGCUAGUUGAUUCACUGACUCACGCACUAACAUUAAGUCGGUCUUUUUUUCUCUCUCUCUCUCUCCCUUUUUUUUUAAACUGGGGACACACGAGGCAGAGAAAUACCGAGGCCUCCGCAAAGGGAUUUCUCAUUCCGGGCUGUUUCAUUCCGUGUACAACUCUCUCCAUCCGGUGAGCACCGAAACAAACGCCGAUGGUGGUGGCUGGUAGACCGAGCCAGUGCGACUAGGGGAGCCGUUAGAUUAGAAGAGAAACCACGGUUUCGGUGUCCUGCAAGGCCCCUCCCUCUUGCUGUCACUCCAGCAACUCGUUGAGUGCCCGCCCGGUGCUGUGCGUUCCUUCGAACUCCCAGCCUGCUUGUGCCCCGUGCCUGCCCCCGAGUGGAAAAGUUUAAUGGCUUUCAGGUAGAGGCCAGGAAGAGACAAUAAAGAUGAACACAGUAACCUCCAUGGACAGACACAUUCAGCAGACGAACGAUCGGCUGCAGUGUAUCAAACAGCAUUUACAGAACCCUGCGAACUUCCAGACUGCUGCCACUGAACUUCUUGACUGGUGUGGUGACCCACGUGCCUUUCAACGCCCUUUCGAGCAGAGUCUGAUGGGCUGCUUGACGGUUGUCAGCAGGGUAGCCGCACAACAAGGUUUUGAUUUGGAUCUCGGAUAUAGGCUGUUGGCUGUAUGUGCUGCAAACAGAGACAAGUUCACUCCAAAAUCAGCAGCUCUCCUGUCGUCGUGGUGCGAGGAUUUAGGACGACUCCUGUUACUUCGCCACCAGAAGAGCCGACAGAACGACACCCCUGGUAAACUGCCCAUGCAGCCACCCAUGAACCCUAUGAACUCCAUGAAACCAACACUCCCUCCUGGGCCUCACAGCGAUGGGUCAUUCACCUAUGACCCUGUCCCUUGGCAGCAAAACACGAGUCAACCACCAGGGUCGUUGUCAGUAGUUACAACUGUUUGGGGAGUCACCAACACAUCACAAAGCCAGGUGCUGGGAAAUCCAAUGGCCAAUGCCAAUAACCCCAUGACUCCAGGAGGCAACCCAAUGGGCUCUGGGAUGUCAGCAAACAAUCCUGGGAUAAACUCGCCUCAGUUUGCCAGUCAGCAACAGCAGUUCUCAGCCGGCAAGGGUGGUUCCAACCAGGCGUACAUGCAGCAAGGCAUGUACGGGCGGCCUAACUACCCUGGAAGUGGCAACUUUGGUAGCAGUUACCCUGGUGGUCCCAAUGCCCCUGGCUCCAUGGGCAUUCCUCCACACAGCAGGCCGCCAACAGAUUUUACCCAGCCAGCUGCCGCAGCGGCAGCAGCAGCAGUUGCAGCUGCUGCAGCAACAGCGACAGCGACAGCGACCGCCACAGUGGCUGCCCUGCAAGAGAAACAGAACCAGGAGAUGAACCAGUAUGGCCCGAUGGGCCCAGCACAAGCUUACAACAAUCAGUUCAUGAGCCAGCAGGGAGCACGGGGCCCAUCAUCCAUGCAGGGCAACAUGAACCCAGGAGGGAUGGGAGGCGGGAUGACUCCGUCCAGCAUGAGUGGGCCACCCAUGCCCAUCAACCAGCCCAGACCACCAGGGAUGAAUCAGGUGUUUGCAUCCCACAGCCAGAGAGUGGCACAGCAGGGGUACCCAGGCCCAAGACCAUCUCAGCCGAUGCCCAUGCAGGGGGUGAAAAGGCCUUAUCCCGGCGAGCCGAGCUAUGGGGCACAGCAGUAUGGACCAAGCAGCCAGUUUGCCAAUCAGCCUGGCCAAUAUCCAACAGGGAACCCCCAAAGGCCCAUCACAUCGCCCAGUUACCCUGGCCAGAGGAUGCCUGGCCAACAGAACACAGGCCAGUACCCACCGCCUCCGGUCAACAUGGCUCAGUACUACAAGGCAGAGCAGUUUAAUGGACAGAACAACAGUUUUGCUGGGAGCGGCUAUACCUACAGUCAAAGUAGUCUGAAUGGGCCUCCAAGGUCUGUGGCAAGCUAUCCUCAUUCGCCUGUACCAGGAAAUCCCACUCCACCCAUGACUCCAGGAAGCAGUAUUCCACCAUACCUGUCUCCCAACCAGGAUGUAAAGCCACCAUUCCCACCUGAUAUCAAGCCCAAUCUCAGCUCCUUGCCACCACCACCUCCAAAUGCUAAAGGGAAAGUUGACACUUUCUCUCCCUCUUUGGUCUCAGCCAACGAUGAGCUCCGGCUGACGUUCCCGGUCCGAGACGGUGUGGUGUUAGAGCCCUUCCGACUAGAGCACAAUCUGGCAGUCAGUAACCAUGUCUUCCACCUGCGGCAGUCAGUGCACCAGACGUUAAUGUGGAGGUCUGACUUGGAGCUUCAGUUUAAAUGUUACCACCAUGAAGACCGGCAGAUGAAUACAAACUGGCCAGCAUCUGUUCAGGUCAGUGUGAAUGCCACACCCCUCACCAUCGAGAGAGGUGACAACAAGACUUCUCACAAGCCUUUGCAUCUGAAGCAUGUUUGCCAGCCAGGAAGGAACACCAUCCAGAUCACAGUCACUGCUUGUUGCUGUUCGCACUUGUUCGUACUUCAGCUGGUGCACAGACCAUCGGUCCGAUCAGUGCUUCAAGGCUUGCUGAAGAAAAGGCUUCUCCCUGCUGAACAUUGCAUCACAAAAAUAAAAAGGAACUUCAGCAGCGUGGCGGCUUCUUCGGGAGGGGCUACAUUAAAUGGAGAAGAUGGAGUGGAGCAGACGGCAAUCAAGGUCUCCCUGAAGUGUCCAAUCACAUUCAGGCGGAUCCAGUUACCAGCAAGAGGCCAUGACUGUAAACAUGUACAGUGUUUUGAUUUGGAAUCGUACUUGCAACUGAAUUGUGAGAGGGGAACAUGGAGGUGUCCUGUUUGCAAUAAAACCGCACUUCUGGAAGGCCUUGAAGUUGACCAGUACAUGUGGAGCAUCCUAUCCAAUAUUCAAAACUCUGAGUUUGAAGAGGUCACCAUUGACCCGACAUGCAGUUGGAGACCAGUUCCACUGAAGUCUGACAUUCACAUCAAAGAUGACCCGGAUGGUCCUCUGUCCAAGCGGUUCAAAACCAUGAGUCCCAGCCAGAUGAUUAUGCCAAAUGUCAUGGAGAUGAUUGCAGCUCUGGGACCAGGUCCGUCGCCGUACCCUUCCCUACCUCCACCACCAGGAGGCAGCAGUGGCAAUGAAUAUGGCAACCCGGGUAACACUUACCCCAGCCAUGGGAACUUCGAUUUCCCACAUGGCAACCCUGCCGGUACUUCUGUGAACGACUUCAUGCAUGGGCCCCAGUUGUCGCACCCUCCAGAUAUGCCCAACAGCCUUAUGACUCCUGACAAGCCUCUCAGCCACUCCAUGCCUGAUCAGAUGCCUCAUCCUGGCAGUACUGAUCAGUCCCAUAGUUCCAUGCAGCAAGGUUUGCACGCACUUCACCCCAGCAGCCAGUCAGGGCAACCAUUACAUCACAGUGGUCCUAGCCAGCAGCCCCGGCAACCCCAGCAGGCUGCUUCUAGCAACCAUCCACACAGUGAUCUGACCUUUCGCCCUUCCUCCACCUUGGAAGGUCAGGCUGGUGGUCAGGGAACGUCCGACAUGCCGGAACCCUCACUGGAUCUUAUUCCAGAAUUUACAAAUCCAGAUGAGCUUCUGUCCUACCUUGGCCCUCCUGACCUGCCCAGCAAUAGCAAUGAUGACCUCCUCUCACUCUUUGAGACCAACUGAAAGCCCGUCCCUUCACACAUCCUCACCUUGUAGCCGCACAAGAAGUCAAAACACCCUAUUCUGCAAGAGCUCAUACACUAGAUGAAAUGAUGCACUCCAGGCUCCUCUUCCUUCCAAGUUGGUCGUCUUGCACACUUGCAUUGACUGAAAGCAAUGUGGGCGGUGGGGGAGGAAGCUUGUUAGGUGGUGCUGCAGCUUCACUGGAAAUAAUCAUUUAUGAUCGUUUUUUUUAAAAAAAAAGAAAAACCAUGUAGCUUUAUCCAAUUGAUUUUUGCGAAUAAAUAGGAAGAAUUCCAUUGUGUAAAGAGUCCAGGCGCUAAAUUUGAGAAAACAACAAUGAAAGGCGGGAGGGAUUGUUUUUGUAGGCCGGUCCCCAUCACGCCCUUCUCCACCUUCCCAUUCCCCCAUCUCCAAUCCAAUAUACUAGAAGCAGCUCCUUCAUUCAGCAGCUCCAAUGAGAAUAGCAGAAGAUGGACUAAGAGGAGGGACGGACAUAAGAAAUUAUUUAGGUCAGAAUGCAACUAGAAAGCACAACAAUGCUGACCUGAAUGUCAAAUUACGAAUACAUGUAGAAAAACAGUGGAAGGGAAGUUAUUGCCUCUGUACCUGAAGAAACGUCUUCUCUUGCUGUCCAUUUUGGUACUUGUACAGAGAUUUUUCCUGUUUGUUCUUUUCUUUUCAUUUUGCAAUGUAAGGGACUGUUGGGCAGCCUGCAAGUCAAAUGCAAAUAUAUCCAUUCCUUGCAGUGUUUUAUUGCAAAGCACAGGUGACUCACUGGCAUUGUUGUGCCAAAUCUGCAUUCUAUCCAUACCGGGAGAAUCAUUAAAAGAUCUCGAUGUUUGCGGCUCGGUCUCAAAAGAAAAGUGUCAGUCUUACAAUAACGAGCAGCAGAGGCAGCAAAUAUUGGACAACUUGUUGGAGCACACAGGUUUGUGAGCUGGGUAAGGCCCACCGCCGGAAAAGUUGCGAACCCUAACAGUCAGUGGCAGAAGACAUCUGCAACAUUUUCCUGGUUUGUGUUUUCCUUUACAGACUGUUACACAUCCUGGGAGCCACAACCAUUGUCUUGCACCAGUGAUGCUUUCUCCUUUUACCACACUGACACCUCAUGAGCACCACACCUCUUCAGCCCUCAUUUUAUGCUGAUAUACCUUUCUCGAACUGUGAUGUUCAAUAAUUUUAUGACAGGAUGAGGGAAGAAGAUGCCUGCAUGUGUGCACAACAACUACCCUGCACCUGCGCAGUCCAAAAACAGAUUGACCGUGUACUGGUUAAUAAACCCACCAUUGAACUGAACACACUGCGCCUCCCAAAAAGCCUGUACAAUUUUAAUCUGCGACACUACCUGUGCUACACAAUUGCAAUUGCCAGAGGGAUUUGUUGUGUUUCCAGUUAGUUUUUAUUACCUUGUUUUUUUAUUAUUAUUAUUAUUAAGCUGAUCCCUUUUCCUUUUCAAUGUGCAACAAAAUGAUUUGAACCAAGCUUGCCACUGGAAGUUUGGACAAUGCUUUCAUCACCAAAGUCACUUGUUUAUUUUCUCUACAUUUUGCUCCUCCUAGAAGACAAAAUCUGAUCCAUCACUGCUGUAUGUGCAUAGUUAUGUAUGCUAGUUACCAGUACUCAGCUGUAGAUAUUAAAAUGAAUGGCUAUUUGCCUUUGCUAGUAGCAGUAUUGAAUCUGUAAUCGUCAUGUAGAAAGUUGCCAAGUAAUUGAAUACAUUUGAGGUUCUUUUACCCUGUCUCUCAAGUUAAAGGCGAUGUUCAGUAUGCAAAUUGAUUAUUUUAAAAUGCUAUUGUAAAUACCUUUGUGAAUAUUUUAGUAACGUCUUUGAUAAUAUUCAACAUUUUCCAUGAUCAGAUUGGUUGUCUUUUUCUGUGGUUUUUAAAUUGUGGGCCCGCUUUCAAAGAGGAUUCCUCUGCAGAGUAGAGGAGCAUUCUCCACCCUGACCCAAAAACUAAACCCAUAAAAAUUACAAAUAAGAGUGUUCCCCUCCUUUUCCAAGCCUCUAGACUCUCGUGUGUGUGUGUGUGUGUGUGUGUGUGUGUGUGCGCGCGCUCUCCAUUAAGUGGGAGAGAGAACACAAGCCACGAGUACAGGACAGUUCAUUUCUGUUAAGUGAAUAAUAUAUUUCAUUUGCUGGGAAUAUUAGCAAUUUAAUUACAAGUUUUGACACUCGGUUCUUAGAAUCCUUUUCAUUGUAAGGGAAGUUUCUAAAUGCAACCUCUUCUUCAGUGGUUGUUUUUAAACGUUAAACAAAUUUGACAGGACGUGAGCUGUAAACAUUGUUUAAUGUGUAUAAUUAAAAAGUACACACUUGGCAGGAAUUUAUAACUGCAAAGUUUGUUAAAUGGGCAAGGAUCACAGAUAGAGGAGAGGAAGGGGGUUAUUGUUUUAGGAUUUUCACUUAACAGAAAUAUCAUAUAAAUGGAUUUGAGUAUAUGUUAUCUGGACAGGGAUGUUGGAUAGUUCCUGGAAUGUUCGAUUACAAAAUGUUGACCUGUGUCACAUUCUUCUGAUUUGGGACCUCUGUGUAAUUUGCACCUAUAUUGAAGCAACAUGAGCUUAGAGGGUGGCACACAUCACCAAACAAUUAGCUGUAAGUGUGAAUUGACACUGAGAGGAUCACCAGCUUUGGGGUUGAGUUGACCUGGAGGCAAAUGGUAAUUUUCUGCUCCCGUUCUCUAGUCCUGGCUUCUGCUUGUGUGGAUAGAAUGAGGCUAAUUUCUGUAACCCCGUUUUUAGUUUCUUCCCAUUUUAAGAGCAGCCGGUCCCUUGGUCUGGCAAGGUACUGGUUCAUAACUGGGAACUUGUUUGUUUGAAACAGCUGCGACAAAACACAUAGGAUAAGUGAAGAGUAUCCAAUGACAAACAAUGCACUGCCAAUGUAUUUUUCCCGAAAAAAAAAUGUUCUAACAUGUUAUAAUGUUAUUUUAAAACAAAAGAAAAUUGCUGGUGGGUGAGCACCGGCAUGUUCGGUGUUGAUUUUUUUCUAAGAGCUGUUUCACACGUCCAGUUCCCAUGUUUUUAUGACAGUCACUGUGGAACCCUGGCUGGGAAGGAACCUCGGUGAUCUUUGAAUCCCUGCCCAGACUUCUGUAAGGACAAAGCAGAUACCAUCGUCUAAGGCAGGGACUAAGGGACAUGUGUACAUAUGUAAAUGACAAAGGGAGACAUGUUCAAUGUAAAGAGAAGUGUGUUCAUUUUCCAGAAAUGUGCAUUGUCUCAACAAGCUUGCAAUCCAUCAGAAGUGACUGUGUGGAAAAUGAAUACUGUUUGUUAUCUUUCGUGAAGUUUCAGCAUUCAUUCACUCUGUAAUAUACUCUGAUCCUUCAAAAGAAACCUUUGUUUUACCUACGUGUAAUAUUUAGCUUCAGUGUAUUAUCUAGUAGAUCACCUGCAUAUUUUUAAGGUGCUACAAAAUUAAUGAAGAAAAUGAGGGGUUAAAAAAAGAUUGUAACCAAAUUCAUAGUUUGUACAAUUUUUGAUAUCAUGAUCAUUCAAGAAUUCAAAAAGGGUACAGUCUCUGUGUCACAUGCAGAAAUGGCCAUUGUUUUUUUUUCUGUUUGUACAUUGUAUGUACAAUGCAAUCAUUUCAUACUUUAAACUGGUCAGAAAACUAAUUGUGAUUUUUAGUCUUGCAAACUGUAUGUAGUUAGAUGAUGUGACAACCUAAUAUUUAUCUAAUAAAUAUGUAUUCAGAUGAAA